CGGGCUACAUUGUUCCAGUGCCCAAACAGCCUUAGCUAGGAAGAGAGAGCGUCCUGGGUGCUGAGUGCUGCCAAGAACUUGUCUCUCCGCGGCGGCGUUCCAAGACACACCCGGUCUUGGAAGGAAUGACGUCAAGAUAGAGCCACCCGAAGGCGUCCGAAUGUCUCUGAAUCCUGACUCUCCGACCCCUUCGGCCUCCAUCAGCUCGUCUUAAGGGGCGGGGCUCCCUCUGUUCUCCCAGCGUGUCUACACUUUGUCGCAAUGCCUCUGCCGCAGGGUGAUGUGACUGCCUUAUUCCUGGGGCCUCCGGGCUCGGGAAAGUCCGCGCUGAUCUCCGCGUUAUGUGGCAAGAAUGUGGAAACGGUAGAGAUUCCUGAAGGACGACCGGAUUCUGGAGUCCCCGUUCUGAGAGCUGCGGCCCCAGGCCUCUUCCUAGGCGAGCUGAGCUGCCCACCCGCAGCUCCAGGUCCCUGGGCGGCGGAGGCCAACUUGCUGGUAUUGGUUCUACCAGGAUCUGAGGGGACCGAGGAGCCCUUGACCCCGGCCCUGGGAGAGGCAGCGCGGGCCGCCCUGGCUCGAGGGACCCCGCUGCUGGCUGUACGGAAUCUGCGUCCUGGAGAUUCCCAGAAUGAAACUCAGGCCCGGGAUCAAACUGCGGCCUUGCUGAACAGUGCUGGGUUGGGAGCUGCUCCUCUCUUUGUGCUACCGGCCGAUUGCAGCAGCAGUGACCGCUGCGAGGAGCUGGAGCGCCUGCAGGUGGUGCUGCGGACCCAGGCGGAGGCGCUGCAGAGGCUCCUGCCACCUGCCCAGGAUGGCUUCGAGGUGCUGGGCGCAGCAGAGCUGGAAGCUGUGCGCGAGGCCUUCGAGACCGGUGGCCUGGAGGCGGCACUAUCGUGGGUGCGAGCUGGCCUUGAGCGCCUGGGCAGCGCGCGACUGGACCUGGCGGUGGCCGGCGCUGCCAAUGUAGGACUUGUGCUGGACAUGCUACUGGGCCUGGAUCCUGGCGACCCAGGUGCUGCGCCUGCCUCGGAGCCCACUGGACCCACCCCUUAUCCGGCUCCAGAGCGCCCCAACGUGGUGCUCUGGACCGUUCCCCUGGGCUCCACGGCCACAUCCCCUCCCGCCCCCCCUCACCCGACCCACUAUGAUGCCCUGAUCCUCGUUACUCCUGGGGCUCCCACCGAAGAGAACUGGGCCCAGGUCCGCUCGUUGGUGUCCCCAGAUACUCCACUCGUCGGUGUGCGCACGGACGGCCAGGGCGAGGAUCCACCCGAGGCUCUGGAAGAAGAAAAACCUGAGAAGCUCGAGAAUGCAAGCGGCGGGAAGUCAGGGGAUGCACGCAGCGAAGGAAAAGAAAACCCUGGCUCCGGGGACUCAGGACCCACGGCUCCUCGGAGCCCGGAAGAUGAGCAGUGGGAGGUGCUGGAGGAAGUGCCUCCGCCGGUGUUCCCUCUGCGCCUAGGUGGUCUCCCGGGGCUGGGAACCUGGCUGCAGCGUGCACUGCCUGCGGCUCAGGCCGGGGCGCUUCUGCUGGCGCUGCCACCCUCAAGUCCCCAGGCGGCGCGGAGGAAGGCGGCGGCGCUGCGGGCAGGAGCGUGGAGGCCAGCCCUGCUGGCCAGCCUGGCGGCGGCGGCCGCCCCAGUACCAGGAUUGGGCUGGGCUUGCGACGUGGCUCUUCUCCGGGGACAGCUGGCUGAGUGGCGGCGCGCCCUGGGCCUCGAACCAACUGCAGUGGCACGCCGUGAGCGCGCCCUCGGCUUGGCUCCUGGAGUGCUGGCCGCGCGCACGCGCUUCCCGGGCCCAGUGACACGCGCUGAGGUGGAGGCCAGAUUGGGGUCCUGGGCCGGCGAGGGCACAGCGGGAGGCGCGGCGCUGGGCGCACUCUCCUUCUUAUGGCCCGCGGGUGGCGCAGCAGCGACAGGUGGGCUGGGUUACCGUGCUGCUCACGGUGUACUGCUGCAGGCCCUGGAUGAGAUGCUGGCUGAUGCUGAGGUGGUGCUGGGACACCCAGAGCCCAACCAAUGAGGAGUGUGGUAGGGGCUGGGGUGUCUGGUGACUUGGUUUCUGGCCCCACAGCCUCUGAGAUUGAGGGGUGGUACUCAGACCCGGGGACUUGAAGGAGACUGACUUCUUGUUGAAAUCUGCGACAUACAGUCACCUGAUUUCCUGGGUUAUGAAUGGGAGUAGGGUCUAAGCGCCAUUAGUUUGCCAUUCAGACGCUAAUGCAGUGAAGGGAGUUGGGGGCCUGGGCUCCUAGAAAUGGGAGCCUUUUGGCCUCUAACUGGCACCUGGUCCUAGAUUUUUAAGCCUAGAUUACUGCCUGUGAGUGGACCUAUGGCUGUGGGCCUGGUACUAUAGGGAGUUAGACCCCUUGGAGUGCUGGGUCCCAAUGGGAAACAAGAUGUGUAAGUUGCCCCGGAAAGAACAGGUUUUCGGGAUCCAAACGGACUUGGGACCUUCAUUUCAGGAGCCAUGAGAGUCUUAAAUGCUGGUUCUUAAGAAGUGGGACUUUGAUUGUCAAUUCCUGUGUGGUGGGAAAUCCUGUAGAGACGCCGUGGUCUCAUGGAGAAUGGAGGUUCGUCCACCAUUUGCUCUCUAGGCUUUGGUAUAGACAACGUUGUCCCACAAAAUUGAAGGGAAGGAACAAGAGGUCUAGGCAUGGUGGUCUUCUGAUAGCCAGAGUCUGGGAAUGGGGCCUUUUCGUUAUGGAAGAAUAGAAACCCACACUUGAGAAAUACCUCCUGUGAGCCCCUGAUGAACCAGGAACCUGGCAACUGUCUCUCGUGCUUUCCUGGGAAGGGGUGUCACUGCCCCCACUUUAUAGGUGCUGGGUGAUUCAGAGUCUCUGGCAUGUAUGUGUCUGCUCCGCUUUAGUUUAUCACUGGUUUCUUCUGUCAUAACGGCCUUAACUAUUGGGCCUCAGAGAGCUUCGCUCUUGCUGUUUUGGAAAGGCAGGGGGGUCCUGCUGUAGCAGUCUAGACUUCUCUGGGAAGGUACCAGGAGUGAGGCAAAGGCAGAAACCACAGUGCUGUCAGCUUUGUGUAGGUGGGAAGUGCCACCGUAUGGUUCUUCAGUGUCAAAACUGAAAAGGAGGACUGGGUAGAUGGGACCACCAGGCUCAGAGAUGCAGGCCAGAGGCUCAUCGACACAGCAAGGCACUGUGUGACCUGGCCCCUGCCUCUUCUCAUUCCCUACCCAUCUCCAGCAAGCCUGGUUUGUCUUUCUGAUGCCUGGGUCCCACCUCAGGACUUGUGAAUUUUCUGUUUUUCUGCGGACUGCUCUGCCUCCCCAUCUUUUUUUGAAAUUGAAAUUGGGUCCUUAUCUAUCAGAUCUCCCAGAAAUGACCCCUUUAGAAGCUUUCUGAUCACCCCACGUAGCUUACACUGACCCCGGCCACUUGAUUGUUCCUAUGUCAAUGAUGGCUUUAUUUAUUUGUUCAUUCUUUCAUUCACCUGAUUGUUGGCUCUUGCCCCAUGCCUGUCCUUUUCUUGGGUGUACCCUAGCACCCAGAGCAGUGCCUGACACGGUAGGUGCCUAGUGUUUAGUAUUUUAGUUUAUUGAUCAUUGGCAUGUGGCCUGGAAUUCAGGUGGUCAAUAUCUUGUUACAAAUAGGGACAAGCUAGGGAGAAGUGAGCACCUAGUGGGAGAGUAAACAGGGAUCAGGCAGGGCUUGGUCACUGUCACCACUUGAAUGAGUGCCAUAUAUCUGCCAAAUGAAACAUUAGAGCUUCUGAGGCUGCGUAGUCAGGUACCACCCCCAUCUAACCUUAAACUUUCACCACUGACACCAUUUACCCCACAAGUGUUGAGAGGGCACCUGAUAUGGAGGUGCAUGCAUGCAACCCCAGCACUUGAGACAGGAAACUAGAAGUUUAAUGCCAUCUUCAGUGACAAUGGAGAGCUGCAGGCUCAUCUGAGCUAUGUGUCCGAUCUCACUAUUUAGUCUAGACUAACCUUGAACUUGGUGUGGUUUGGCCCCUGCCUAGCCCAUCCAGCCUGAUACUAGGUCCUUCUUAUGCUUGAAUUGCCCCUGCCUCAGCCUCCCCAGUAUUUGGAGUAGAGCCCUGAACCCCCCAGCACCUGGCUCCACUUUAAAGCUCUUAUUGAGAUGCCUGGCAUUCUUUUCACUGAGAGCCUAUGUGUUCCUUACACCUGAGCACAUCUCAGCUCACAUGACACACCUAAUUGGAAACACUUGAAUUUGUAGGUGGAGAAUCUAAUUCACAUAUCCAUGUUACCUCAGUUAGGUUUCAUAGGUUCCCCCAAAGCUGGGGUUUGAAUCCAGUGCCUCACAUAUUUAAGGCAAACACUUUAUUCUGGAACUGUGUCCCUAGUCCUUCAUGGGGGUGGAGGUGGGAGCUCUGGACAGGGUGUCUACCACUGUGCCAUGCCCCCAGCUCCUCACUAUGGACUCUAGGCAGGAGCUCUAUCACUAAGCUACAUCCUCAGCUUGCUUUUUAUCUUUUAUUUUGAGACAAGGUCUCAAGUUUCCUGAACUGACCUUGAAUUUGGGAAUCUCCUGAGUAACUAAAAUCGCAGGCCUGCACCACCUCCUGGCUUCAUAGUUUUUCUAAACCUGUGAUGUGUCAAUGAAUCAAAUACAAAUAAAAUUUAAGAUUGCCUUUUCUCAGUGACAUUAGUCACAUGUGAUUAGUGGCCACAGUGUGUGACAAUACAGAUAUGAAGUGGCUCCAGGAUUAAAGGAGGUCUAUGCACAAGAUCCAGGGGCAGAGGGUCCUCCCGAGUUUGGGUAAGAGGAUAUCGGGCAAGUCACCAGCAAAUGGCAUCUAGCAAGCUGUAUUGAUUGCUUUUCUUGUUGUGUGACAACAUACCCAAGGAAGGCAACUUAUGAAAGAAAUUAUAUUUAGCUCAGGGUCCGUGGAUUCAGUCCACUGUGAUGGAGUCCUGUCAGCAGGAGAGCGAAGCAGGUGGCCACAUUGCAGCCCCAUUUGGGAAGCAGAGAGAGAAAUUCUGGUAUUCAGUUUGAUUUCUCCUUUUACUUCACCUUAGGAUCACGGUGUAUUGGAUGCUUCCUCAAACAGAAUGUGGUCUCACCUCAGUUAGCCUAGACUCCUCCACAGCCACGUCUGGAGAGACUGUAGGUUGUAAGUCAGUAGUGUUAGCUACCACUGCAGGUAGCUGAGAAUUUGCUGUGUAUGUGCAUGUAUGCAUCCAAGCGUGCACGCUGGCAUGUGAGCAUGCUGGAGCACAUACACAGCUCCCAUGUACUGCUGCUGCUCCUGAAAGACCUUGAACAUAGAUGUUAGUCUCUAUUGUCUGGACCCCGCUUCCCUGAGAACAGGAAGGCAGCAAGCCUGGCGCCAUCUGUGACUCCGAUGCAGUGCCCUACUCUCGCCAGCACUCUACUCCUUUGUUUUAUGUUUUGGUAUUUUGACAUAGUGUAGGUUUGCUGGCAAUGGCCUUGAAAUCCUGGUCCUCCAGCUCUGACCGUGCCUCACUUUGGUGCCUCCUGGCAUCCCUGCUCUAUGCUUUGCUACUGUUCCUUCGCUCCUCCAGGCAGCAGGCUCAUGCUGGACACAUCAGAAGUAAGCAGCGUGUGUAGCCCUUGCCUGUGCUGGUCAGCACCAUAGACUUACAGGUCAGCGCUGUUGUGUUGUGCCCUGUGGGUGGUUUGUCAGUUUGUUGUAAUUGUUACUUGAGGGUCCAGGCUAUCUCGGAUGCUUGAGCUCAGGCGUCCUCCUGUCCCUCUCCCAUCCUGGGUUCUAAACCAGGUCUUCCCCCUCCGAGGUAGGUUGAUGUCUUACUCUAUAGCUGACUGACUUCAAACUUGUGCAGCAGCCUCUGAAGUUCUGGGGUUACAGGGGUAAGUGACUACAUAUGCUGCCUAACUCUUUUGUUAGGAUUUUAGGCUUUUUCAGGGUGUAAGUAAAGCUGAGAGUGAGCUGCCUGUCUCUGAAAGGCCUCCAAAUAGAAAAGACUCAGUCUUCCUUCACGGUGAUCCCAUGAAGCUCCUGGGGUCUGGAAGAGCCUGAACACAGGGAUUCUGGGAAAUGUCAGCCCUCCAGGCUGGAAUUGCAACGGUACAGUGAAUCUUAGCUUUGGCCCUGUCAGAAGAACAGGUUCCCAAAAAUUGGUGAGCAGAUGAGAUGCUCUCCUCGGCUUAGGGGAGAGUGAGUCCUACACUUCUGGCUCAUGAAGGAACUGUCUAUUGGAAUAGGGGACAAAUCGAACAGUCUGCUCAACCUGUGGUGUGUUUUGGAAAAACAAUAAAAGAGUAGAAAUCCUG